AAGAUAAAAUUACCGAAGAAAACAGCCAGGCGAUACCCAGCAUAUGAGCUCUAUCUCUAUGGGGAAGGGAACUACGCUGAAGAAAACAAAAAUCUCCUAUUGACAGGAAUUCCAGUUCUCUUUCUUCCUGGGAAUGCUGGCAGUUACAAACAAGUACGUUCUCUUGGCUCCAUUGCACUUAGAAAAGCAGAAGAUGUUGACUUCAAGUAUCAUUUUAAUUUCUUCAGUGUCAACUUUAAUGAAGAGUUGGUUGCAUUGUAUGGUGGUAGUCUGCAACGACAGACCAAGUUUGUGCAUGAGUGCAUAAAAGUAAUUCUUAAGUUGUACAGGGAUCGAGAAUUUGCACCGACCAGUGUUGCAAUAGUAGGUCAUUCCAUGGGUGGUCUUGUUGCAAGAGCAUUGCUUACUCUCAAGAAUUUUAAGCCUGAGCUUAUAAAUCUCCUCAUUACACAAGCCACACCUCAUGUUGCACCGGUAAUGCCUUUAGACAAGUAUCUUACUGAUUUUUAUACAGCUGUAAACAAUCAUUGGAUUCUAAAGGCCCAAGAUUUAAGAAAUUUAACUACCCUUUCUGUGGCGGGAGGAUUCAGAGAUUACCAAGUUCGUUCAGGACUGGCUUUUCUACCGAGAUUGAGUCAACAUGACAGUGCCUUAUCUGUUGUGAGCUCAGCUGUGCCUAGAGCUUGGGCCUCAACAGACCAUCUCUCCAUAGUGUGGUGCAAAGAAUUGAUCCUGGCUACCAUUAGAGCUUUUUUUGAUCUCAUAGAUGAAAACACCAGGCAGAUAACUGAAGAUCCAAAGAAGAGAAUGUCUGUACUGAAUCACCACUUUGUGAGACACCCUGCAAAGAUGUUUGAGGAAAAUCCUGAAGCUUUUACAGAACUCACAGGAGCUUUCAUGUGGAUUACAGUCAAAGCCUCAAAAUGGACUUACUCAGUUUACAAUGAUUCUGAUGGAAAAUAUUUCACAUUUCCUCUUGCAAGCCACAGAAAAUCAUACAGUCAUGUUUACUGUGAAAACAGUAUGUUGGACACAAGUAGCUGGAUUUAUGGCUGUAUGAAGAACAAUUCAUCGAUGUGCCUGGAAGCUACUGAUUUAUCCUGGAGAGCUGAGUUACUUCCAGCCACCAAGGUCGUAAUACUGAAACUUCAGGACUAUCCGUCCUUGUCCCACAUUGUCAUUCAGGUACCGCCCACAGUUGGCAAUAAGUAUACUUUGGACUGUGAAUUCUUCAAAGAGGAUUCCAGAACAGUACAGCUUCCUGUAACACAUCUUUUUUCAUUUGGGCUUUCUUCAAGCAAAAUUCUAUUAAAUUCAACUGGCUUACUUUACAAUGUUCAGCUCCAGCACUUUAACCAAAUAUAUCAAGCGUUCAAAAUUUAUAUAGAGAGCCACUGCCAGUCACUCAAAGAAAGAAAACCUAGUGUUUACAGACUUCAUAUACCCUGGUCACAUGAAGACUCAAUAACGGUAGCAAAAGCUCCGUCUUUUACUGAGAUUUCUGCAAAACUGCAUAUUGCUCAGCCUCAAAAUGACAACAGGGUUCCAGAAUUAAAUAUUUACUCUUCCUCAGACUGUCAGUAUGAAGUAAUUCUGAAGACGUCACUUUUACAGAUUCUUGGACAAAUAAUAAGGUUCCAUGCUGGUGCUUUUCCUGUCUAUGUUGUUUCUAAUAUUCUUCUUACUUAUGGAGGACAAUUGAGCACAUUGAUAUCAACAGGGCAGUGUUCAGACUUUUCCCUUGAACUAGUUAGGACAGCGAAACCCUACAAAGUAGAACCUCUUAUAAGCAUUGUUGUGUUUCUGCAGGGGUUUCACUGGUUUAGAGGGAUAUGGGAAUCGUUGUCACUACCAGAGGUGGAUGCUGCUGUACUGAGUAGUCAGGAUGCGUGGUUCCCCCUUGUGUCCUUGAUUCUGUUUCUUUUUGGGACAGGCAUUGCCUACUGGAGUGGAGUAUUUUUCUCUACAUCUCUGAGACUCAUAUCUUCAUUAUGGUUAGCUCUGAUUAGACCUACUGUACUUCAAAAAGAUAAGUUGAUUACACCCAGGAGAUUCUGCGGGGUGUUAUCCCUUGCUUUGGUUAGCUGGACAACUUGUGGUGCAUUUGCUGUAUUAAUUAUUUAUCUUCAAUAUUUGUUUAAGGGUUUAGACCGCUCAAAAGAAACUUCACAGAACUCCAGUAUACACACAAUCAAAAACCAGAGUUUGAUGGACAGUACCUCAAAAGCAACACAAUCUCUUUCCAACAAUACAAUUGCUGAAGCUGUUAACAGUCUUAAGAUGCAUGUUACAAUUCUCAAUUUAUUCACAUGGAUUGUGCUGCUCAACUUGCCAUCUUUAAUUUAUUGGUUAAAAAAUCUCAGGUACAAUGUUAGACUUGAUCCUGAUCCAUGUAGAUCUACAGCUAUUGUCCUUGCAUGCAUUUUAGAAAUUCUCAUGAAUUCAAGUACUUCUGAAGUGAAAUCAAGUAAACUCUUGAAGAUCGCAUCCAAGGUUCCACUCCCUUUGUCUGUUGCAAUGUUGGCCUUUGGACGAAUGCAUUUAUACAAAGUACCACACUUUGUAACCUUAUCUCUUCUUCUACAUGUGCUGUGUUGUGUUGUGUAA